AUGAAUGAAAUUUAAAGCAGAUAUGAAUUAAUAAGAUUUUUGGGACAUGGAAAAACCUGUAUGUACUCAACAUAAAUAAAUUUAAGGGUUGUUUUAGGAAAGUCAAAGAUGGAUAAUAAAGAAUAUGCAAUUAAGUUUUAUAAACCGAUUUACAUAAAUCAAAAUAAAGUUGAUGGUAAAACUUAUUGUUUUGGGAAUGAACUCAACUUUUUAAAUUACAUAGAAUACAGAAUAUCAAUGGGCGAAUCGUCUAUUUAUGACUUUAAAUAUAUCAAUAGAUAUAAGGAUAGCCUCUCAAUCUUGGAAAAUAAUGCUGUGAUGCACGUCUUAGUUUUAGAGUUCGCUAGAAAUGGUACAUUAUGA